AUGGACACGACACGCUCCAAGUCUUUCCGCCUAUUGGCACAACAGAUCUACGGCCCUGCCUCGGGAAAAUCUACUAACGCACGCGACCUUAUCGAGGAACUGCUGUAUGCCAAACGCCACAGGCCCCGGGGUUGUUCAACAUCCGGUGUCAUCUCCCCGUCCAAGCAGCCUCUCCCUCAAGACGAGGCGAGCUCCGAUGGCGCUCCAACCUCGCGGGACGAUGAGACCUCGGUUGACGACAACUUUCAUGAAGCGAUGAGAUCAGAGAUGACUACCAAGAGUGUUUCAAUUGAGGCACCCACCACAGAUGGGUCUUCUGCAACUGAAUACUCCACCCCUCUCACGUCUUCUACAACUCAAGAACUCCCUCAGCCUAGCGCUUCCACCGACCGGCUACUAGCAAUGCUUCCUCCGCCUUGUGCAAGUACCGUCGAUCCCAAAGGUCCUCCACACCCCCCACCUGAAAUCCCAAUGGAGCCUUGCAUGGUCGGCGGGGUGUCACGCAUCGAACAGCUCGAGUACUUGAUCAGGUGGAAGAUCAUGAUCUUCCGUCAGCGACUGGGGGUUCCCUACAUCUUCCGGAGCACGCAGCUGUGGGACAUCGACUGCUGGGAGCAGGACCGUCGCCGCAACUUCUUCGAAAAGAACGGAGAGGAAGCAUACCUUGCCCGCUAUAUCAACAGCGACUACGUCGGACGCGUGGAGUUUCACUAUAUCGCCCCUGAGGAAGUGUACUGA